AUGGCAGAUCCAUACAACGCUUACAGCUCGCACGCAACACCUACACCGAGCGGGGUUGGCUACUAUCCCCCAGAAGACCAGUCUCAGUACCCAGCCUAUGGCCACCAGCAGCCAUAUGGAAACCAAGAACCAUACCAUAACCCUGGACCAGAUCAAUACAAUCCUGGACCAGAGCCUUACCAGCCCAUGCAAACCCCAAACCAAGCCUACGCUCCACAGCAAAGUUCAUAUCAUCUUGCGCCCGAGCCAUAUGGAUCCCCCACGGAGAGAAGCUAUACGCCGGCAGGGCAGCCAGAAUACCUUGGGCCAGUGACUCCAACAGGAUACGAACAUGUGCAAGACAAAAUCCCCGGGAAUGCAGGAUACUACAAUGAUCAUCCAGCUGGCCAACCGCAGUACUCACCCCCCGAAAGCCCCCACCGUCCCGCCGUGUAUGUAUCGGAGCCAGAAGAUUCACAGCGCAGUGGCAUGGUCGAACAGCGCUCCAAUACAGACACCGACACUGACCGCGGUAUGGACCGUGGGCUUGGGGGUUCUCUCGCUGGCGGCGUGGCGGGCUAUUACCUCGGUCAUAAAAAAGAACAUGGCUUACUGGGUGCUAUUGGUGGCGCUCUGCUCGGAAACUUCCUGGAAGACAAGGUGAAGGAACACAAGAAGAGUGACGAUGAUAGUGAACAUGAGCAUGGGGACGCCUUCUUUUGCCUCCGGUUUCCUUUAUCUCCCUUUUUCUUUUAA